AUCGCGACGGAUCUCUCCUCGGGGCUCUUUCUGCCUUCCCCUCUCCCGGGCCUGGAUGCGGCCGGGCCCGGGCCGACUUCGGUUCGCCUCCAACCGGGCCGGGCUCCCCGCGAGACCCAGGGGCCCCAUGUGAGGAAGACGGAGGCGGGAAGAUGACCUCGAGGAGAUGGUUUCACCCCAACAUUACCGGAGUGGAAGCAGAGAACCUGCUCCUGACCAGAGGAGUUGAUGGCAGCUUUCUGGCUCGGCCUAGUAAAAGCAACCCUGGGGACUUCACACUUUCGGUCCGGCGCAAUGGGGCGGUCACUCACAUCAAGAUCCAGAACACGGGCGACUACUAUGACCUCUACGGGGGGGAGAAGUUUGCCACCUUGGCGGAGCUGGUCCAGUACUACAUGGAGCACCACGGGCAGCUCAAGGAGAAGAACGGGGACGUGAUCGAGUUGAAGUACCCCCUCAACUGUGCAGACCCCACUUCAGAAAGGUGGUUCCAUGGUCACCUGUCAGGAAAGGAAGCAGAAAAGUUGCUGACGGAGAAAGGGAAACAUGGCAGCUUUUUAGUCCGCGAGAGCCAAAGCCACCCGGGAGACUUCGUGCUUUCUGUCCGCACGGGGGACGACAAAGGCGAGAGCAACGAUGGCAAGUCCAAAGUCACACACGUCAUGAUCCGUUGCCAGACUCUCCAGCAGCAGGAAUGCAAGCUCCUCUACAGCCGGAAAGAAGGACAGCGACAGGAAAAUAAGAACAAGAACCGAUACAAAAACAUUUUGCCUUUUGACCACACCCGGGUCGUCCUUCACGACGGGGAUCCCAACGAGCCGGUUUCCGAUUACAUCAACGCCAACAUCAUCAUGCCUGAAUUUGAAACCAAGUGCAACAACGCCAAGGCCAAGAAGAGCUACAUCGCCACCCAGGGCUGCCUGCAGAACACGGUGAACGACUUCUGGCGGAUGGUCUUCCAGGAGAACUCCCGCGUGAUCGUCAUGACCACAAAGGAAGUGGAGAGGGGGAAGAGCAAAUGUGUGAAGUACUGGCCGGAUGAGCAUGCCCUGAAGGAAUACGGGGUGAUGCGCGUCCGUAACGUCAAAGAGAGCACGGCUCACGACUACACACUACGAGAACUCAAGCUCUCCAAAGUUGGGCAGGGCAACACUGAGCGGACAGUGUGGCAGUAUCACUUCCGGGCUUGGCCUGACCACGGGGUGCCCAGCGAUCCUGGCGGCGUCCUGGAUUUCCUAGAGGAGGUGCACCACAAGCAGGAGAACAUCGCAGAGGCUGGUCCGGUUGUUGUCCAUUGCAGUGCCGGAAUCGGUCGGACUGGGACGUUCAUUGUGAUCGACAUUCUCAUUGACGUCAUCCGUGAGAAAGGGGUGGACUGCGACAUUGACGUCCCAAAGACCAUCCAGAUGGUGAGGUCACAGCGGUCAGGGAUGGUGCAGACCGAGGCCCAGUACCGCUUUAUUUACAUGGCCGUCCAGCACUACAUCGAGACAUUGCAACGCCGGAUUGAGGAGGAGCAG